AUGUUUUUAAAAAAUUUUUUUGGAGAAGCUUUGGAAGUUGCCAGCAACGAAUCUUUGGAAAAUGCGGUAGAAGACAAGUAUGGUCUUCCAAAGUCCCAUCAACGAAUUUUCGAGAUUAAUGGCCAGGUGUUUGUUUCUCUUGAUCCUUUCAAAAAUGAAAGUGAUAAAUUGAAAUUAACUGAGCACCAACAUCAACAAAAUGAAGAAUCCAAAACCGAAGUGGUUUAUGAAGUUCCAGAUGAUUUAAAAGAGUUAGGAGUAGAACAACAAGAUUACCAGUGCUUGUACGAGUUGUAUCAUGACAACAACAUUGUAAGAGAAAAGCUUCUUCCAUUUACCUUCAACUCUUUUCACAGUAGAGUUGUAUUUAAUAAUAUUGAUAAAUCAAAAUUAAGCAGUGUUGAUCAAUACAUUGAAAGUAUGACUGAUAUUGAGAAGGAAUUUAUUUUGAAAAGCGUCGAGCAUUACAUUGAUUCAUUUAUCAAUUUCAGCUAG